AUGGCUGCAAAGUUAAUCGAUAGAAAAUUUCAUAAUAUUCCAGGGAAGUUUCGCGUGGCAGAGCUGCUCUUUGAUGUGCCCGUGAACUACUGUAAGCCCAAUGACGGCAACCUGAGGCUCUUUGCUCGAAGUGUCCGUCGUCUAGAGACUCCAGUUGAUCCUGCCAAUGGCAAGGGCGAGAAGCAGCUCCCUUGGUUGGUUUAUCUUCAAGGAGGCCCGGGGAUGGGCUGUCGACCUCCGCAAGAGUACGGCUGGGUUGGAACCGCGCUCGACAAGGGGUACCAGGUGCUGUUCCUAGACCAGCGUGGUACAGGCAUGAGCUCGACGAUAACGGCUCGAACUCUCGCCCUUCAAGGCAAUGCAGUGAAACAGGCUGAGUACGUGAAGCAAUUCCGUGCGGACAAUAUUGUCCGUGACUGCGAAGCUAUCCGUCGGUGCCUUACCACAGACUACCCCGAGGACCAACGUAAAUGGAGUAUCAUCGGCCAAAGUUUCGGUGGGUUCUGUGCUGUAACGUAUCUUUCUAUGUUCCCAGAAGGACUGACAGAGGCUUUCAUCUGCGGCGGGCUUCCUCCUCUUGUUAAUGGUCCGGACACGGUAUAUGAGCGUACAUACGAGAAGGUCAAGGAGAGAAACAAUGCGUACUAUACCAAGUUUCCUGAAGACGUUGAUAGAGUCAAGACACUCGUUCAGUACUUGAGAGAGAACCGUGUCACCGUGCCCUCUGGCACUCUGACACCAGAGCGUAUCCAGCAACUUGGUAUCAUGUUCGGAAUGCACGGCGGUCUCGACAGCGUUCAUGAUCUGGUGCUACGCGCGUGUAACGACCUGGAGAUCUUUGGGUUUCUCACGCAUCCAACCUUGACCGCUAUCGACAGCUAUGGUGGCUUCGACAACAAUAUAAUUUACGCCAUCCUUCAUGAAGCGAUCUACUGCCAAGGGCAAGCCUCAAAUUGGUCCGCGGAUCGGUUACGCUCAGCUGAUGUGCAGUUUAACGUUGACGAUAAGCAGCCAAAGAUAUUGUUCACAGGAGAAAUGAUCUAUAAAGACAUGUUCGAGUCAUACACCGAACUGCAGCAAGUCAAAGACGCUGCAGACAUCCUUGCCACGACGGCCGAGUGGCCUCAGCUUUAUGAUGAGGCUCGACUUGCGAACAACGAAGUCCCUGUCUAUGCAGCGACGUACGUAGAGGACAUGUAUGUCCACUUCGACCUGGCGUCGAUGACGGCGGCAAAGAUCAAGGGUAUCAAGCAAUUUAUCACGAACGUUAUGUACCAUAACGCCAUCCGAAGCAAAGCAGACGAGGUCAUGCAGCAGCUUUUUGCCCUGCGAGACGACACGAUCGACUAG